GCAGCAGUAUUGCUAAAGACAGGGACAAUGACGGGGGUCGCAAUUGGACUGUUGACGUCCAUGUUGUUCUCGCUAGUUGUUGAUGUCGCACAGACCUUCAGUGUGACCUCUAAUGGCUCCGUUGUUCAGCUCGAAACAUCUAUCUCUGUGUCUCCUUCACCAAUGUCCUCGUCAAAGCAAAAUGGCACAAUGCCAGCUGAUGAGCAAUUGAGUAGAGCUGCACUGAUUACCACUUUGACAGUGGCAAUAAUAAUUAUUCUGUUGUUGUUUUUUGGAGUGCUACUUGCCAUCUUCCUGUAUAAAAAACGCUAUUCAAUUGGCAGAUCCUGUUGCAGGCUGAGGUCGAGUGAGUCUAGGAGAGAACAGGAAGAGGAUGUGAAGACAACAGAGGAACCGGAAAAUUCUUAAGUCACAAACCGAGCAGCUACCAACGGGUGACUCGGCAUUAAGAGAGAGUUAUUUUACACAUAAUAAUUUACCCAUGUCCUACCCAUCCUCCCUUUUGAAUUCAAAUCCGAUCAAUGAUAAAUCGGCUGUAUUUGUAAAUCAGGCAAUGCGUGAUGAGAAAGAAGAUGACCCUUUCCAUCAUCCUUUACCGGUUCAUAAAAGGAAAAUCAGCAAUGCAAGCUCGACUUCCUCCUCAUCGAACUACCCCCUAAGUGACUUAAGCCAGCCAGAGCCUCAGAACAGUCAGAAUGGAUCGGCUGACAGACUAGGUAAUAUUCAAUUAACCACAUUUGGCAGUGGUCGAGGCAAGGGCGCAAUUGGAGAAGUUCCCAUGAAAAGGAAAAAGAAUAAAGCGCGUAAAAAAAGUCAGAGUAAUGAUGGACCCAGAACUGACAGUCAUACAAGUGGUUAUUACAGCAAUACGAGUAACGAUGCUACAGGUGUCUCUCUCCCAGACACAUCGAGCUCGACUUUUCUUCCAGAUCACAUGACACCUAUACAUAUCAAAGCUGAGAAAAGCAGUAAGAGAGUCUGGUAUAAUGACAAGUCUAAUAACUUAAGACUGGAUAUCCCAAGAGGAGCCAUUCCUGCGGGAGAGAACUUCACAAUUGACUUUGGAGUGGCCCUCUUUGGCCCGUUCCAGUUCCCUGAAGGUCUGAGACCCGUGUCUCCUGUGUUCUGGAUCUGUGUUCGUGACCAGAGAAAUUUUCAGUUCUCCAAACCAGUCACAGUCUCUAUCCCUCACUUUCUUAACCUUGAGAAUCAUGACGAGAUCCAAUCUCUUGGUCUCACCUUCCUCUAAGCAGAGCACAACAGGAACACGAAGGGCCUGUAUGAAUUCAAGCCAACAGAGGGAGAGUCGGUAUUUGAACCUUGCAAACAAUUUGGUGUUCUUAAAACAACUCACCUUUGCUCACUAUGCAUUGUCAGCAGAGACACACCAGAAUGCCUCAGAAUGACACAUUUCUGCACCACUGCAGUUCUCCCAAAAUGUGCAAAUUCUGACGGGAAGAAGCAAACCGCCUACUUUUUUAUCACGUUCUACAACCUGAAUACUUGCCUCACAAAAGUAGAUGAAGUGAUAGAAAAUAAACAUUUGGUGGAUAAUUACGAAAAAACACAGACUCCAUUUCGUUUUAAGAAAUUAACAAAUGACCCAGCGGUAGAUAUAGAUGUUCGUCAACCAAACCAUGGCAGCAUUGGAGUUGUAGGAAAGACGAAAGUUUACCGUAGCGAAGUGGAUUUCUUUGUCAGAAAGAGGACGUUACCAGAGGACCUACAGGUUGCAGAGCAUAGAGAUUUCUACCCUCCAAGGUUCCAGAUCUUUCUAGCCCCCUCCCCAAAAGAUCCAACACUGAGAGGUGGAAGGAUAAAGCUUAAGGGAGCCAGGAGCGAUCUUCAGUAUGAUAUAUAUCUUGAUCCUCCUCCCUCCUCGAUUAUCCCUAAUGAUGCUUGUGUACCAGAAAACUAUCCACUUGGCAUAGACAAUUUACAGGAAGUGAGGUCCCAGCUCAUUAAUGUAGCAGUAAAGUGGAAAUUUAUUGGGCUGCAAUUAGGCCUGAAGGCUGAUCAGUUAGAUAGGAUAUAUGCCGAUAAUAAUGACGUCGAAAGUCGUCUAAACGGCAUGCUGAAAGACUGGCUGAGGAGGGCAUAUGACACAAGAGUGUGCGGAGAGCCGUCAUGGCAGAAACUAAGUGAGGGUGUCGGUUGCAGAGCUGGAGGGAACAAUCCUGCUCUGGCCCGUGAUAUUUUGCACCUUCAAACAGUUUAAUGUUGUACAAUUUAAAUAGCCUAUAGACCAUCACUCCAUGACUACCCCAUUAACCAGACCAGCAGUAUCAGACUGGCUUUAUUUCCUCCAUUGAGCGUCUGCCCCACAUAAUGGCAUGUUCAUUAAAGAAGUAUGAAGUUAGCUAAACUAAGUGUGGGAGUGCGACUGUGUGAGGUUGCUAUUAUAACAUUUUGCUAUUCAUGAGUUGGAACCUAUCAGCUAUUCAGGGGCGGUAUGU